AAUCACGCCUCCCCGUAGACGCAUAUGUACAUCCUUUCGCAAUGUAAAGCGAGAAGAAGAAAUUACAUUCGCGAGAUGGAAGGCAUAUGACAUGCACGCUCAACACCGCUCGACUUCCGAAUCCUCCAUAUGCGUGUCUGAACUGGGUACAGUGGUGCUCCUCCUUUCAGAGUUGAGAUUCACCACCGCAACCCUCACCCACACACUCGGAUCCAGCGUCCCCUUUCUCCUCAUGCACCUCCCUCCCCCUCCGCCAAUUUCUUCAGAUUCAGGCGUUGAAAAUAUGCUCAGAGAAGUCGGUUCUACUUUCUGGAACCCCGCUGUUUGUGGUGUGCAAGGUCUUCUUUGUGGUGAACUUGAUGUUCGAUGGGAGCGUGAUCCGGGAGGUAGUGGGCAGCCUGGGUUGUGGUGCCGUGACAAAGAGUGCAGAACUGGACGCUGCAUACACUUGGGGAGUAUGUCAAUGUCCUUCAGAACAUUGAUCGUUAACUCGGAUGGUUAUCCAUCUUUGGACGACUCAACUCGGGGUUGAGUGCUACACUACCAUUAGGUGCCGAACCGGGCGUGUAAACUCAUUCGUGACUGGAUAUAUGUUGGGGUCUGGACUCAAGCAAACUCCAUAUCUUAGCGCUCGCCGACGGAUUUGGUGUUGGUCAGAUGUGAGGCGGAAUAAACCGAGGUGCCUGCAACCACAGCAUGCAAAUCUGAGCGUUUAGCAGGCUCAUUGUCUAUUUGUUUGUAAAGCACGUCGUCCUUUCUCAAUCAG